AUGGCGUCACCCUCAGAGGCUCCACCACCAGAACCUGAAAAACAGAGCGCUCCACCACAGUUAACGCUACGCAACUGUACGCAUGUCGUGGAAGUGGCACGUCUUUGCAGCUAUAUUACGGAACAAACCGUCACUCACAAAAAGCCAAUUCUGAAGUGCCCAACGGACGGUUGCACCCAGGACAUUCAUGAGAAUGAUGUCGAAAUGGCUCUCUCACCGAUUGAGAGGGACUACGAUCAGCACCUACGGCCGGAACAACGGAUCAAGCUGCUCUAUCUACAUCACUCUCUACAGAUCAUCGAUGCAUUCGGGGGGCCACUGCUGGCAAAGCCGUGUCCUGUAUGCCGGAACAUCUACGCAGAGCGUGAAGGCUGUCGUCUGGUGGAAUGCCCUGUGAUCCGAUGUCGCACAAGAUUCUGCUGGGAUUGCGGUCUGAUCACCGACUCGCUGCAGCACUUUAUCAGCGGUGGCCCAUGCCGUAUGGGAUCGGACGAUCUGGAACGUUGGUCGCUGGUCUACCACUGGAUGAACGGCGGAUCGCGCAUCGGCACACUAUUCUUCACCCCAUUUUUGCCGGUUUUGAUUACGCUCGUCCUCCCCCUCGUCGUCUGUUUCUACAUGCCGCUGACCGUCUACAGGAAUACGAUGCAAAAGGCUAGAAUGGCCGAGACGGAGGACCUGAUGAGGGCCGAGGUGUUGGCCGCUCGUUUCAGGGCAACGGUCCGCUGCAUCCUAUCGAUAUUUCCGGCUAUCCUACUCGGUUUCGUGUCGCUAGGAGCCGUCCCGGGACUCGUGUUCAUCUACUUUUUCCUGAGCACCGGCCUCGGGGCGUUGUCCUGUUUCUUGGACUGCCUCGGGCUGAGCAAACUGCGGAGGAUGAUCAAUGCGUCAAUUGUUGGGGAGGCGGAGCUGCAGCGGCGUGAAGCGCGAACGGUUCAGGAGCGUCGUGGGGAAGAUCACCCCGACAUGUCGGCCAGCUUGUCGUCGUCCUCGUCGAAAAAGAAGAAGGCCACCAAGAAGACGACCAAAGAUGCCAAAAAGGGCAAGAAGACGUCGGCCGCAUCUGCCGACUCCACCCCGACCACCCCGCAAAAGCCGGCCAACAAGCCGCAGAUCUUCACCAAGGACAUUGGAUUC